AACAACGACUAAGCGUAGCACAUGGGAUAGAGAAACCGACUGCAGUUAACAGCUAAUAAGGGUACACGUGAUUCGAUGAUAAAAACGUUGGUGUAUAUGUAGAUUCAAAAAAAUGUAAAUAGAAUUAAUAAAUCGUAAUCGAUUUGUCUGGUUCUACGUCACCACUCACAGUCUACUAACUAUCAGCAGUGUGAAAAAUGGUGAUUGCUAUUGGAUUCGAAGGCAGUGCCAACAAGAUCGGAAUUGGCAUUAUCAAAGAUGGGGAGGUAUUAUCUAACCCUCGGCACACUUACAUUACACCUCCAGGACAAGGAUUCCUGCCAAGAGAUACUGCCAUACAUCACCGCAAACAUAUCCUAGAUGUACUCCGACAAGCCCUGAAAGAGGCCAACAUUGAACCCAAAGAUCUGGAUGUAGUAUGUUACACAAAAGGUCCAGGAAUGGCAGCUCCUCUCGUGUCUGUUGCAGUAGUAGCCAGAACUGUGGCCCAGCUGUGGAGGAAACCUAUCAUAGGGGUCAACCAUUGUAUAGGGCAUAUAGAGAUGGGGCGCCUCAUCACAGGAGCAAACAACCCGGCUGUGUUAUAUGUCAGUGGAGGUAACACACAGGUGAUAGCCUAUUCUCAACAACGGUACAGAAUCUUUGGUGAGACCAUUGACAUUGCUGUUGGGAACUGUCUGGAUAGAUUUGCGCGGGUGUUGAAGUUGUCGAAUGAUCCGAGCCCAGGAUACAAUAUAGAACAACUUGCAAAAGGUGGUAAAAAGUUUCUAGAGCUGCCCUACACAGUCAAAGGCAUGGAUGUAUCAUUCUCGGGACUUUUGUCAUUUAUAGAGGAGAGAGCAGCGAGCCUGGUGGAGAGUGGACAGUAUACACCAGAAGACCUCUGCUUCUCCUUACAAGAGACUGUGUUUGCCAUGUUGAUUGAGAUUACAGAGCGAGCCAUGGCCCACUGUGGCUCUCAGGAAGUCCUCAUAGUAGGUGGAGUGGGUUGUAAUCUCAGACUACAGGAAAUGAUGGGCAAGAUGGCUGAGGAAAGAGGGGCCACUCUAUUUGCCACAGAUAUGAGAUUCUGUAUAGACAAUGGAGCUAUGAUUGCGCAGGCCGGCUGGGAGAUGUUCCGAGCAGGAAUAGUCACCCCAUUAGAAGACACAUUUUGUACACAAAGAUUCAGGACGGAUGAAGUGGAGGUGACAUGGAGGAAGUGACUGUUUAUGUUCUGUAAUAUUCCUCAUCAUUACCUAGAGGAAGUGAUGAUCAGUACUGACCAGCAGAUGAUGAGACUGACCAUCAUUUUGACCAUCACAGGCACAACCUGGAAAAGUUAAUCACACUUUUCCCUGUUAAUGCUGUCAUGCCAGAUUGUUGAUAGAUUUUAUUUCUGUGAGAUACUUUUGGAAAAAUCAUUCAGUUACCAUGGAAACAAAUCUUAAAUACUGAUAAGGCUUAACCUUGUCUUGGUGCAGAUUGCAAUGAAUAUUGUUGAUGAAUAUAAGAGUUAUGCCCCUUCCGUUUUCAGACAAAUACACCUCCAACACGUUGUUUAUUUUAGUGGUGAUUACAGCCAAUGGGGGAUAUGGAGUCGGACACAUAGGACCCUGACAAUGUUGUUUUAAUGUAGAAUAGGAUUAUACGUUUGUGACCACUACCACGUAAAGCCUUGCUAAAGUUUGUUUUCAUUCUUUGAAUUGCCUUCAUAUCAAAGUUCAACUAUACAUGUUUGUUUCUUCUCCAAAACAUGUUUUACUAAACAAAUAAAAAGAUGGCAGAAGUGUUUCCUAAUCAAUGAGUGACAAUACACAUAUAAACUUUACCAGUUGUAUAUAGAAGAGGGAGAAAUGUACUUCCCCUUAAAACAACUAGUUACCAAGGUAAACCUUUUACAUAUCUAGACCUGUAUCACAACUCACAGUUGGCCAUGUAUAUAUGAUGCUAUGUUUUAUUAAAGAUUUUUUUAACCAAA